CGGUCCUGGGGUGACACUACCUUUUAGUUGACAGCUGAACAUGCCAGUUUUCUGACCCUAUGCUGCACUCGCACCCAAGGCUCUGGAUGAAAUUACAAACAUUGAAGGGGUUGACGAUUUCCCCAAGCGAUUUGGCAUUGUUGUGUCUGUUUGUUUUGGGGUCGGAACACAGUGCAGCUUUUCUUUUUAACAAGUCUGAAUCAAGUCAUUCAACUGUGGCCAAAAUUCAACAUGUCUCUUCUGGAUCAGCUGAUCAGCAGUCUCCGGUAUGCCGUCUCGCACCGACUAGCCUACACUUCUGCUCCAAGCCAAACGGAACACAUUUCCCAAGGGGCUUUGCGAACAUCCGUUGACGUGGCCGACGUUGCACAGCAAACCGGGUGGAUUUAAACUUUGGCAGGAGCGGAGCGGAGCGGAGCAUUGGCUCUUGUUGCAACAUAUGUUUGACUUUAUUUUGUGUUUAUUUAAUCUUAUUUAACACUAGGUUAUUUGUUAGAAGUUUUGUGUUUUCUACCGGUUUUGCGAUGUCGGGUAAAACUAAGAGCAGGAGCGCGGCUAACGCCGACUCGAGUACCGUGUCGUGUGAUGAGCGCAUCCUACGGGACUGUCAUCAGAUCUACAUCGAUGGCGACAGCGGGUUGAUCGCUAUCGCCCAGUCCGUCGGGGUCACUCUGCUGCCUCCCCGGAAGAAGAUCACGGUGAUGUUGAUGGGAAACCAUUCGGCCGGAAAGAGCUCCUUCAUCAACUGGUAUGUGGAAGAGCACAUCCAGAGGACUGGGGUUGCCAUAGAGACUCAAGGCUUCAGCUUCGUCACCAGUGGCCGCAAGAGGGAAUCUCUCACGGGUAAUGCCACACUUCAUCUCUAUCCCCACUUCAAGCCCCUGCAGGAGUUUAAAGGUGUAUCUGAGUAUCUGGCGACGGAGAUUUGCACGUCUCGUCAGAAGCGCUUCAGUCUGGUGACGUUUGUGGACUCGCCGGGACUCGUCGACGGUGACAUGAAGUACCCCUUCGAUGUGGACCAGGCUAUCCUCUGGCUAGGGGAGUUGUGUGACCUGAUCCUGGUGUUCUUCGACCCGAUGGGUCAGGCGCUAUGCAAGCGGACGCUCAACAUUGUGGAGAACUUGAAUGAGAAGCACGGCGAAAAACUGCGCUUCUACCUGAGCAAGGCCGACGAGGCCGGAGGGGAGUCCGACAGACAGAGGGUGAUGAUGCAGAUUGUUCAGGAACUCUGCAAGAGGCCAGGGCUCAACAAGUGUGGCUUUGACAUGCCUACAAUAUACAUCCCCAACCCCAACAAGCCCAGUCGAUGUGUGAACCAGAUUGAGGAGGUGUGUCGCACCGUUGAGAGGACCAUCAACCAGACGGUCCAGAACACACUCAACUCCCUGGAGAAGGACUGUGAGCUCAUCACUGAGGCCAUUACAGACACACUCAAUAACGACAAGCAGUGCAGUGUUGAGAACAGGCGUGCGCGCUGUAAGGGGUGUGUGUUCGGUCUGCUGGGCUUCACGGUUCCGCUGCUGCUGCUGGUCGCACUGGUCAUAGGGAGCCUCUCCAAAGAGGUGCUGGACAUCGCGCUCGGACCGGACGGAACACGCGCCCUCGCGCACCACCUGACUCCAGUGGUGAAGGUGUUUGAGUCGUUGUCGGUGGAGAUGCAGCUGUACGGGUGCGGAGCUCUGGUCUUCCUCUCCUUCCUCCUCCUCCUCAUCGCACGCUGCUCUUUCAGGACGAAGCCAACCCUGUCUGGCAGGCAGAAGAGGCAGCUGCAGGAGAAACUGGAGUAUGUGCAGGACGUGGUCAAAACCAAGAAGAAAAACCUGUAUGAGGAGUACCUACGUCAGAGCGUUGGGGAACAGGACAUGCACUGAGGAGGAAGAGGAGGAGAGGAGCGAGGGAGGAGGAAGAGGAGGAGUGACUGCACUUAACUGUUACUUCACUAAAUACUCAAGCACUUCAGCAGCCAAUCACGGUUUACUUACAGACACUGCUCUGCACCCGUCAGGCCACCUGGGAAAUGUAGUUUACUUGCUGAGGAUCUCUUUCUCUAGUCCUGUAUAAUAUGUUCUUAUGUUGGCAUAAGUGACCCUCUCUGCAUCACACCCUGGCCUGGCCCCGCCCACCAGGGGAUCUGGAGCUCCUGAUCAGGGUCUGAUCCCGCCGUCUGCCCCCUGAUCAGUACUCCAGCGUUUGGGUUCUAGGUCCUGAUCAGGGUCUGGUCCGUGCUAGAGUGGGUUCCCCCCCUCCCCUCCUCGUCUCUCUGUUACUGUAAACUCUUCCCAUAGUCCGAGCACCCACUGCCUACCUGUGCUACCGAUGAUUACCACUAGAGCGCGCUGUGUUUUUAGCAUUCUGUCAGUCUGUCUGUCUGUCUCCUCACUGCUCUUCCAAUGGGCCAGAGGCUCCUGCACCAGGCAGUAAGUGUUAACCUCAUCAUUAUCAUUUAGUCACAUUGGUCAUCAUGCUGCCCCGAUGACUUCCUGGUGCGGGAGACCUGUCGUCCUGUUGUAAUGUUGGUCAUGAAGGCUAAUGAACUGCAUUUUUGUACCGAUAUUUUUCCUACAACUUUUUUUAUUGAACCUCAGUUACUGUAGCCACGAUGGGUUCUGAUCAUUAACAUGCGAAAUAAAGUACUGAACAGCAACGUA